AUGACACACAGCAGCAUCAUGGUGGAUGUAGGAAAGUGGCCAAUAUUUACCUUACUGUCACCUCAAGAAAUAGCAUCUAUUCGGAAAGCAUGUGUAUUUGGUACAUCAGCCAAUGAAGCUAUAUAUAUAACGCACAAUGAUGAGGUAUUUGUUUUUGGACUGAAUUGCAGUAAUUGUUUGGGAACUGGAGAUAAUCAGAGCACAAUAGUACCAAAGAAAUUGGAAGCCUUAUGUGGAAAGAAGAUUUCCAGUCUCAGUUAUGGAAGUGGACCCCAUGUUGUACUGUGUACUGAAGAUGGUGAAGUGUAUGCUUGGGGACAUAAUGGUUACAGCCAACUUGGGAAUGGCACAACCAAUCAGGGCAUUACUCCUCUUCAAGUUUGCACAAAUCUGUUAGUGAAGAAAGUGGUGGAAGUAGCUUGUGGCUCGCAUCAUUCCAUGGCACUGUCGUUUGAUGGGGAUCUGUAUGCCUGGGGCUAUAAUAACUGUGGUCAAGUUGGAUCUGGAUCUACAGCAAACCAGCCAACUCCUCGUAGAGUUUCGAACUGUUUACAGUGUAAAAUGGUAGUUGGCAUUGCUUGUGGUCAGACCUCCUCCAUGGCUGUAGUAAACAAUGGUGAGGUUUAUGGCUGGGGUUACAAUGGCAAUGGUCAGCUAGGUCUUGGAAACAACGGCAAUCAACUAACACCGUGCAGAGUGGCAGCGUUACAUGGUGUGUGUAUACUCCAGAUUGCCUGUGGCUAUGCGCACACGCUAGCACUAACAGAUGAGGGUUUGCUCUAUGCCUGGGGAGCUAACACUUAUGGGCAGCUGGGAACUGGCAAUAAAAGUAACCAGCUAAGCCCGGUGCAGAUCAUGAUGGAAAAAGAAAGGGUUGUGGAGAUUGCAGCCUGCCACUCUGCUCACACGUCAGCUGCCAAGACCCAGAGCGGCCAGGUGUACAUGUGGGGCCAAUGCCGUGGGCAGUCAGUGAUCUUUCCUCACCUCACUCACUUUGCCUGCACUGACGAUGUGUUUGCUUGCUUUGCUACCCCUGCCGUUAUGUGGCGUCUUCUAUCAGUAGAGCAUGAAGACUUUUUAACAGUAGCGGAAUCUCUGAAGAAAGAGUUUGACAGCCUAGAAACAUCAGACCUAAAGUUCCGUGUGGAUGGAAAAUACAUCCAUGUCCACAAAGCUGUUCUGAAAAUAAGGUGUGAACACUUCAGAACCAUGUUCCAGUCAUACUGGAAUGAGGAUAUGAAGGAAGUGAUAGAAAUAGACCAGUUUUCUUAUCCUGUGUAUCGUGCCUUUCUUGAGUACUUGUAUACAGACAGUGUUGACCUUCCGCCUGAAGAUGCAAUAGGGCUUUUGGACUUGGCUACUUCGUACUGUGAAAAUAGGCUGAAAAAACUGUGUCAACACAUUAUCAAGAGAGGAAUUACUGUGGAAAAUGCAUUUUCAUUGCUUUCUGCUGCUGUCAGAUAUGAUGCAGAGGACUUAGAGGAAUUCUGCUUUAAGUUUUGUGUCAAUCAUUUGACAGAAGUGACACAAACGACGGCAUUUUGGCAAAUGGAUGGUCCCCUGCUAAAGGAAUUCAUUGCUAAAGCCAGUAAAUGUGGAGCAUUUAAGAACUGA